AUGAAAGAGAAGUUUGAAAUGAGUGAUCUUGGAUUACUUGCUUAUUACCUUAGCAUUGAGGUUACACAGAACGGGGGUGAAAUCUCAAUAAAGCAAACUGGCUACGCAAACAAGAUACUCAGUGACACAGGGAUGUUAGACUGCAAUGAAGAAAAAAUACCUAUGGAACCAGGUCUCAAACUCACAAAAGUAACCAAAGCAAGAUCCGUAGACGCCACCAAAUAUCGAAGCCUGAUUGGAUGUCUACGAUACUUACUACAUACAAGACCUGAUCUAAGUUUUCCAGUUGGAUUACUUAGUCGUUUCAUGCAAGACCCACAGGAGCAGCAUAUGAAAACAAUCAAACAAGUGUUGCGUUAUAUCAAAGAAACUAAGGACUAUGGUAUAACUUAUGGGCAUGAAGGAGGAAACAAGAUACAAGGAUACAACGACAUCAGUUACGGUGUUAACACACAAGAAGGUAAAGGCACAACUGGUAUAAUUUUUUACUUUGGAAAUUCACCUAUCAAUUGGAGUACUCAGAAACAAGGAACAGUAGCUUUAUCUUCAUGUGAAUCAGAGUUUAUUGCGGCAACAGCAGCAUCAACACAAGCUCUCUAG